CCCUCCUUCCUCUCCUCCUCUCGCCUUCUUCGCGUUCCCCUCAGGGUUGUGUGUGUGUGGUUUUUUUUUAGGCCUCGCGCGCAGCCUCGGCCUCGCUUAGGGCAGCCAAGCCGGGCGAUGACGACGACGCCGUCGCCGUUGCUGCUGCUGCUGCUGGUUGUGGUGCUGCUUGUGAGGCGGGUCCCUCGCUAAAAGGCGCAACGGAACGCCGGCCUCCGCCGCCGCCGCUGCCAUGCCGGCUAAAAGGAAACUGGUGCCGCCGGCCCUCAACAUCACCCCGACCAUCGCUGAGGGACCCAGCCCCACCGAGGGCGACGGCUCCGAAGCACACCUUGUUGACCUCCAGAAAAAACUGGAAGAACUGGAGCUGGAUGAGCAGCAGAAGAAACGGCUGGAAGCUUUCCUCACCCAGAAGGCCAAAGUGGGAGAACUGAAAGAUGACGAUUUUGAGAGGAUUUCGGAACUGGGAGCUGGCAAUGGCGGGGUGGUCACCAAAGUACAACAUAAACCCUCAGGGCUAAUUAUGGCACGGAAGCUGAUUCAUUUGGAGAUCAAGCCUGCCAUACGAAACCAGAUUAUCCGGGAGCUCCAAGUGCUUCACGAGUGCAAUUCUCCGUACAUUGUCGGUUUCUACGGCGCCUUCUACAGCGACGGGGAGAUCAGCAUUUGCAUGGAGCAUAUGGAUGGCGGUUCCUUGGAUCAGGUUUUGAAAGAAGCCAAGAGGAUUCCUGAAGAAAUUUUGGGCAAAGUCAGUAUAGCAGUUCUGCGAGGAUUGGCUUAUUUACGAGAGAAACACCAAAUCAUGCACCGAGAUGUGAAGCCUUCUAACAUCUUGGUGAAUUCCCGAGGCGAGAUUAAGCUGUGUGAUUUUGGAGUCAGCGGGCAGCUCAUCGACUCCAUGGCCAAUUCCUUUGUGGGCACCCGAUCCUACAUGUCUCCUGAACGUUUACAAGGCACUCAUUAUUCCGUUCAGUCGGACAUCUGGAGCAUGGGCCUCUCCCUGGUGGAGCUGUCAAUCGGACGGUAUCCCAUCCCCCCGCCCGAUAGCAAGGAACUGGAAGUGAUCUUUGGUCGUCCCAUAGUCGAUGGGGCCGAAGGGGAACCCCAUAGCAUCUCUCCGCGGCCCAGGCCCCCAGGACGUCCUGUUAGUGGUCAUGGGAUGGACAACCGCCCCGCCAUGGCCAUUUUUGAAUUGCUUGACUACAUUGUAAAUGAGCCACCUCCAAAACUGCCGGCUGGGGUUUUCACCCAAGAAUUCCAGGAGUUUGUAAAUAAAUGCUUAAUUAAAAACCCUGCUGAACGGGCGGAUCUAAAGAUGCUGAUGAAUCACACCUUCAUCAAGUGCGCCGAGGUGGAAGUGGUGGAUUUUGCCGGCUGGCUAUGCAAGACGCUGCGGUUGAAGCAGCCCAGCACCCCCACCCGCACGGCCAUGUGACCGCCACGCCAGCUGCCUUGUCCUUCCUCCUCCUCCUCCUCCUCCCUCCCUCUCUCGUGCACCUGCUUGUCUGCUGCUGUUCGCUGCCCUCCCGGCAGAAGGAAGAAGCCCCUUGCCUCUCUUCCCUCGAUCUUUGCACCCGGAACAAGCCAGGCAGGAGGGUUGUCAAGAAAGAGAUUCUCUCUCUCUCUCUCUCUCUCUCUGCCCCGAGAGCAGAAAGGAGCCUCAGCUUCUUCCUCCUGUUCCUGUUCUCGGGUUUGGUUUGGUUUGGUUUCUCUUCCUGCAGCGGGAGAAUCCCUCGCUCUCUGAAAGCUCUCAGGUUUGGGUGGGUAGGGCUGGCCGAGACGGGCCUGGCUGCUGAUUGGUUUGGGGAGGAGAGGAGGAAAGAGUUUCCAGUGUAGGCUGGCUGCAUCUCUCUCUUUUCCUUCCUUCUUUCCUUCCUUCCUUCCUUCCUUCCUUCCUUCCUUCCUUCCUUCCUUCCCCCUUUCCCUUCCUCUCCUCUCCUCUCCUCUCCUCUCUCCUUUCUUCUCUUACCUCUUUUUGUCUCUCCCUUCCUCUCUCUUUUCUUCUUUUCCUCUUCCUUUUUCUCUCUAGCUUUCUCUCUUCCUCUCUGUCUCACUUUCUCUUUCUUUUUGGACAACCAUUUAUCCAAAAUGGGCUCCAGCAGAGGGUUGGACUAAGAGCUCCAAGUACCCUUCCAACUCUGUUAUUUUGGGUUUUUUUCUAUCUAUCUAUCUAUCUAUCUAUCUAUCUAUCUAUCUAUCUAUCUAUCUAUCUAUCUAUCUAUCUAUCUAUCUAUCUAUCUAUCUAUCUUUUUCUCUUUCCCUCUCCCUCCUUCCCUCCCUUCCUCCCUCCCUUCCCAUUUCUGUCUCUCUCUGUCUCUUUCUUUCCCUCCCGCUUUCUGUCUCACUUUCCCUCCCUUCCCAUUUUCUGUCUCUUUCUUUCUCUCCUUCUUUCUGUCUCCCUCCCUUUCUCCCUCUCCUUUUCUGUAGGUGAAUCUAAGGGCGGGCAAUUUGCUGAUGGGCAGAGAUCUCCCUGCCUGGGGCAGCCAGGGCAAAGCGGGCAGCUUAGCCAAUCCGAUGGCUUUGUGGUUGCCUCUUUGGACCCAUGGCCCAGGAAGCGGAAGGGCCCACGGCCUGCUGACUUCAUGGAAGCUGUUUGGGAGCAGAUAGCAAAAGAAAUGACCCCGAUUAAGGAAAUGCCUCUCCGGCCAAGCUCUCAACUCCUCCCUGGGACCAUCCUCUCUUCUGGUCCGUCUGCCUGCCUGCCUUUGGUUUUGUUCUGGGACCUUCCUCUGAAAGGCAGGGGAGUGGGCAGGAAUUGGGGUCUGGGGGCGAAGAGGCAGGCAGGAGGGGGGUCCUGGCUCUGCCUUCAGACUCGGCACACUUGAAGGACCUUCCUUCUCCGUCCAAGGCUUCGGUGACACGACGACGAGUCUGAAGCCAUUACAGAAUGCUGGAUUUUGGCAGAGGGGAGGGGGGGGAGGGAUGCCCUCGAAGGGUAGCUUGAAGUCGCGGUGGACAGAAAAGCUGUCGGCUCGUGGUUCUGUGAUGGUUGUAACUGCGAGGACCGGUUGUCCGUCCCCUUUUUUUUCCCCCCCAGGGCCGUGAACGCCAACAGCGCCUCUGGCCUUGGCCGUCCCUUCUCCCCUCCCGCGUUUUGCUGCUUGGAUACAGCCAGGCUGCCUGAGGGUGGCAUCGCUCUGGUUUCCCCCUGAAGGCUCGCCCGGCUUCUUCUGUUUUCCUUUCUUUGGGCUCGGCUGCUGCUUCUGCACUGCUGUCUCAGGGGGCUGCGGUGUCAUCAUAGCCGUUGGGCUGCACACCUGGGGCUCUCUUGGGAUCUGGCCUCCCGGGCUCUGAGGAAAUGCAGCCACUGCAGAGGAGGACUAAAUGUUUCAUUGGCUGGGCCAGGAUGGGGGCUCCCCCCCCCUCUGUUUUCAGCCCCCUUGCCUCCAUCCCCUUCAUUCCUUCCCUCCCUCCCUCCCAUCCUAUUUAUCUUUUUCUUUCUCCCUUCUUCCAUUUCCUUCCUCUCCCUCUCAUUUGUUUAUCCUUCCUGUCUUUCCAUCUUCCUCCCUACUUCCAUUUCCCUUCCUGUUUAUACCUUCUUUCCAUUUCCUUUCUUCCUCCUUCCCUCCCUUCUCAUCUAUUCUUUCUUUCUUUCUUUUCCUUCCUUCCUUCCUUCCUUCCUUCCUUCCUUCCUUCCUUCCCUGCUUUUCCUUCCUUCCU